CCGGCCCGCGCCCCGGCCCCGGGGCCGGACGCCCCCCCAGGCCGCGCACACUCACCUAGGACCCGGCCGGGAUGCCGAGAUUGACCUACAACCUCGGUGUAUCAGGAUGAUGCUCUAACCAACUGAGCUAUCUGGCCAGGCUCUGUCGAAGAUGCACUGGACACCGGAACACGCCCAGCCCCUCAACCAGUGGCCAGAGCAGCACCUGGACGUCUCCUCAACCACACCGUCGCCAGCCCACAAGUUGGAGCUGCCUCCUGGGGGUCGCCAGCGCUGCCACUAUGCUUGGGCACACGACGACAUAUCUGCCCUUACUGCCUCCAACCUCCUCAAGCGCUACGCAGAGAAAUACUCAGGGGUCCUGGACUCGCCCUACGAGCGCCCCACCCUGGGCGGCUACGGCGAUGCCGCCUUCCUCAAUGGCUCCAAGGGGGAGCCCGAGCCUUGGCCAGGGCCAGAGCCACACUACCCCUUGGCGUCACUCCACGAAGGCCUCUCAGGAACCAAGUCAGGCAGUGGGGGCGGCUCCGGGGGCCUCGGGAGCUCCCCGGUUUUAGCCGGGAACCUUCCCGAACCCCUUUACGCCGGCAAUGCGUGCGGGGCCCCGUCCGCAGCGCCUGAGUACGCGGCAGGCUACGGCGGGGGGUAUCUGGCCCCCGGUUACUGCCCGCAGACCGGAACCGCGUUGCCCCCGCCGCCCCCAGCCGCGCUGCUGCAGCCCCCGCCUCCGCCGGGCUACGGCCCCUCCGGCGCUCUGUACAACUACCCCGCGGGGGGCUACGCCGCUCAGCCCGGCUACGGAACUCUACCGCCACCCCCGGCCCCGCCGCCGACCCCCUACCUGCCCUCGGGCCUGGCGGCGCCCACGCCCCUGCCGGCGCCCGCCCCGUCCCGGCCUGCGCCCACUUCCUACAGCUUCCAGGCGGCCGCUCCGGGUGCGGAGGCCGGCGUAUCGCUUAAGCGCAAGGCUGCCGACGAGGGCGCAGAGGGCCGCUACCGCAAGUACGUCUACGAGCCAACCAAGGCCCCGGCAGCCGACGGCGCCUCCUACCCCGCGGCGGACAACGGUGAGUGUCGAGGCAACGGGUUCCGGGCGAAGCCGCGCGGAGCGCUGGAGGAGGCAUCGGGCAAGUACGCUGACGGCGUUUCUCUCAAGGUCCUGGGCUUCCCAGUCUACGGCCCGCAACUCGAGCCCUUUGAAAAGUUCGCAGAGCGCGCCCCGGCGCCGGCUCCCCGCGGGGGCUUUGCCUUGCCGUCGGAGGAGCCUCCCAAAGGCGUGGACCCGGGCGCCCUGGAGCUGCUGACGAGCAAGAUGCUGGACUGCGGGCCCCCGGUUCAGUGGGCAGACGUGGCGGGCCAGGACCCGCUCAAGGCAGCGCUGGAGGAGGAGCUGGUGUGGCCCCUGCUGAGGCCGCCUGCUUACCCCGGCAGCCCGCGCCCGCCGCGGACAGUGCUACUCUUCGGGCCGCGGGGCGCGGGUAAAGCGCUGCUGGGACGCUGCCUGGCCACGCAGUUGGGCGCAACUCUGCUGCGCCUGCGCGGAGCCUCGCUGGCCGCGCCGGGCGCCGCGGAGGGCGCGCGCCUUCUUCAGGCCGCUUUCGCGGCAGCGCGCUGCCGCCCACCCGCCGUGCUCCUCAUCAGUGAGCUGGACGCGCUGCUCCCCGCCCGGGAAGACGGCGCUGCCGCCUCGGGCGCGCUGCAGGCGCCGCUCCUGGCUUGCCUGGACGGCGGCUGCGGCGCGGGGUCCGACGGCGUGCUGGUCGUGGGCACCACCUCGCGGCCCGCGGCUCUGGACGAGGCCACCCGGCGGCGUUUUGCUCUCCGCUUUUACGUGGCGCUGCCGGACAGCACGGCCCGCGGACAGAUCCUGCAGCGGGCGCUGGCCCAGCAGGGCUGCGUGCUGAGCGAGCAGGAGCUGGCGGCCCUGGUGCAGGGCACGCAGGGCUUCUCCGGGGGCGAGCUGGGGCAGCUGUGCCAACAGGCAGCGGCCGGGGCGGGCCUCCCGGGGCUGCAGCGCCCCCUCUCCUACAAGGACUUGGAGGCGGCCCUGGCCAAGGUGGGCCCCCGGGUCUCUGCCAAGGAUCUGGACUCGUACGUGGAGUGGGACAAAAUGUACGGCUUCGGACACUGA